AUGAAAUCCAAUGUUUUGCUGUCACUGUUGCCGGCGUUGGUCGCGGCGCGAGGAACAACCAACGGAUUGUGCUCUGCAGUCAACACCUCUGACUCUCCCCCAAGAAACUCGGUUUUUUUGAGCCAAAGUUUUUGCAUUGACCAAUGCAAAGGCGGAUUUGCCUAUGCCGUGGUCAAAGAAACCAGCUGUUGGUGCACAAACGACGCACCAGCUUCGACUGUCGCCAGCAACAAGUGCAACUUUCCUUGCCCUGGCUAUCCAGUUGACGCGUGCGGUGGCCAGGGAUAUUUCACGUACAUUCUCGUGAAUGAAGGGAUGGUAAAGGGAACGACAGGGGCAACAGAUGUGUCAAGCACGGCGGAUCAGACCGAGACCAGACCUGGCGUGAUUCAGACAUCGGGCGUUGCGCAGACGACAUCUGCUCCGGCGACGCCCUCAACUACUGCUGCUGGUACCACCGUCGACCAAGACAAUGGUACUACGACUACUGCACCGACGCAGACUCCAGCUGGAAAUGGCACCACGUCAGGCACGACGCCGAAGCCGACAACGGCGGGUGGUGCACAAGUCGAUGUCAAGGCUCCAACUCUUGUUGGCAUGGUUGCAUGCUCUCUGGGAGCAUUGCUGCUGUCAUACUGA